AUGAAAACAACUUCAGAAGCAUGUAGCAUUACUGCUGCAUUAAUUGUAACAAUCGUAUUUGCAGCAGCUAUUACUGUACCUGGUGGAAACGAUCAAGAAAGGGGCACCCCUUUGUAUAAAAAAGAAAUCGCCUUCAUUGUCUUUGCAAUAAGCGAUGCAAUAUCGCUAUUUUCAGCUGCUAGUGCACUGUUGGUGUUCUUAUCAAUCCUCACUACACGUUUCGCUGAAAUAGAUUUCCUGGUCAGUUUACCGAGACGGUUGAUUAUUGGUCUUUCCGCGCUAUUCAUCUCUACAGCUUCCAUGAUGGUAGCGUUUAGUGCAAUCUUGUUUCUAGUCUUUUGUGAUCAAAGACCAUGGAUGUUGGCACCUAUUGGUGGGUUAACUUGUAUGCCUAUUGCAGUUAUGGUUACUCUGCAAUUGCCCCUCCUGGUUGACUUGUUCAAUUCAACAUAUAUCCCCAUCUUUGGUAAGCAAAAGUACAUAGCUAGUGGUAAAUUUAUUUCAAACCACCCUACGUUGGCAUAUGAAUAG